UGAUGAUCUGGAAAGUAGUAGCAGUGGCGAGGACAGUUCCAAUUCAUCACCUGUCUCUGAUCAGUCUACGAGGAGUAAAAAGGUCAAAUUGCAACACAACGAGCAACAGGGGAGGGAAUCUGAUAGCCAGGAGGAAUCGGAAAGUGAAUCAGGAGAGGACGUUGAUUUGGAGAGUGAUGAACACUUGUAUAAUUACAAUAACAGCCCGGCUGCCGCAGGCGUGAUACACAAAAUCCUAAUCACCAACUUCAUGUGCCACGAGAAGCUUGAGGUCAGGCUCAACCCAUGCGUCAACUUCUUCACGGGAGAGAAUGGCAGUGGCAAAAGCGCUGUCCUCACAGCUCUCUCCAUGUGUCUGGGUGCCAGUGCAAAGGGCACUAAUCGAGCCCUCAAUGCUAAGAACCUUAUCUUCCGUGGGAAACAGAAGGCGGUGCUUCGGGUAGAAAUUGCCAACAAAGGCGAGGAGGCCUAUCGACAUGAUCUGUAUGGGGAUGUGAUAGUGGUGGAGAGGACUAUCUCACACAAGAGCAAUGGCAGCUACACCCUCAGAGAUUACACUAACAAGUUGGUGAGCACUAAGAGGAAGGAUCUAUCAGAUGCGCUAGACUUUUACAAUAUACAAAUAGACAAUCCCGUACAGGUGCUGAGCCAGGAUGACA